AUGGCCCCAGCUACCACAGGAAUAGUGGAGAGCGAUGGAAAGUUGGAAAAAAAGCCGAUUAGUUUUGUUAACCUUGCAGUUGGCGGCGGGUUGAAUAUGUUCGAAGUAUCGACGCUUGGUCAGCCAUUUGAAGUACUCAAAACUCAUCUUGCAGCCAAUCGAAAAGAUACCAUUAUAGAGGCUUUCAAGAAAACUUAUAAACGAGGUGGAAUCUUUGGUUUUUACCAGGGGUUAAUACCAUGGGCGUGGAUUGAGGCUAGCACAAAGGGUGCUGUACUCAUAUUUACUGCGAGUGAAAUAGAGUAUAGAUCAAGGGUUGCCGGUGCUUCGCCAUUUUUGUCUGGUAUUCUCGGUGGUAUGGCCGGAGGUCUUUCGCAAGCAUAUACUACCAUGGGCUUUUGUACCUUUAUGAAAACCGUGGAGGUUACGCGUCAUAAAGCAGGGGCAGAGGUUUCGACCAUUAAAGUUGCUGCUGAUAUUUGGAAAAGGGAGGGCAUUCGAGGUAUUAAUAAAGGUGUCAAUGCUGUAGCAGUACGACAGUGCACCAAUUGGGCUAGCAGGUUCGGUUUGACAAGAGCUGGCGAGAUGUUAAUCAGAAGAAUUCGGGAUGGCGAGCCUAUUGAGGUCAUUCGUGUUGAAAUGCAGUCGCAAGUGAAAACACCAGGUCGUCCCGAAAAAAUGAGCAUCGUAACGUGUGCCAAAUUUAUUUAUCAGAACAAUGGUUUCAAAGGCUUCUACCGUGGAGUCACUCCCAGAAUCGGUCUCGGAAUCUGGCAAACUGUUUGUAUGGUGUUUGGAGGUGACUCUAUUAAGGCAAAGUUGGAAGCACGGCAGAAAGCCAAAACUUGA